AUGCUAUCCCGCAAUGAAUCACAAUCGUACAAUGACUUGCCUAAAUCAAAGCGGUAUUUCAACAGCUUGCAGUUGGUCAGUGAUCAAUGGCAGUCGCAUUGCGGCUGCGCUGACAACCUCACCGGCGAGGUAUUCAACUUUUGCUAUCAACACCCUCUUAUCCCGUUCCUCAUCGGUACAAAGUUUUCUUGCGAUUUGUUGCCAUACUUAAGAAACCUGGGUCUUUUCGAGCCAAUGGAAUAUGUUCAAGCGAAGGACCUUCACCAUCCAGCACCAGCUUUUGUGACAGCCGCCGACCAAAGUUACUUCGACCCGGCGAUCACCCUGAUCGUCAACUUUCAGUCACAUUUUCCGAGGGAAACACUCAUCGUCUAUGAUCUCGGAUUCACGCAGGAGCAAGCGGACCAAAUAAAGACAUCGUGCAACGUGGAAUACAGGAAAUUUUUCUUUGAGAAGCUUCCAAGUACUAUGAUGAUUGAGUGA